GGGCGGGGCCAGCACUGAGUGACAGGAAGCACGUCCCCGAGCUCAAUUGUGAGGAAGAGGCGUCUCCGUUACCGGGAUGUGAGGCCGUGACCGCUCCGGGAGCAUAGUGCAUGGACUGCGCUGUCAGCAUGAGCUCCAAGCCCGGAGUGGGGCGGGAAACUGACGCCAGUGUCCGCCAUUACGCACUGCAGAGAAGCAGAGCAGACAUCCCCCCCAUUGACCUGGAAGUGUUGAAGGACCUGGAAAUCCUCACUCAAGAAGUUUCAUUAAAAGUUGAUCAGAUGAUGAAAAGUUUGAGCGGCACAAUCCAGAAUAUGACAGCACUUAGCGUGGGCUACAUCCAGACAUACAGGGAUUCAGUGGACAGCCUUGGAGAGUCAGUGGACAUGAGCAUCAAGGGGAUGUACACACUGAUGGCACGCUGUGAGGAGCUGGACCGGUCCAUGCAGCCCAUUCACGCUCUGGCCAAACAGAUCCGGGAGAUUAAGCGCACCUUGGAAAUGUUUGAGACAUUAUGUAAAUAAGUUAUUGAUAAUGAUUCUAUUUUUAAUAAAUGUAUUAAUUCUCCAAAGUAAGAAAAAAA